AUGCCCAGGCAGCCGACAAAUACGCUCAUAGUUUCACGCUUAACAGGAGAAGCAAAGGAGAAUCCUGCGGUGCUUGCAGGAUUCUUAGCUGAACAAGGAAUUCAAGUAGAACUUGUGUCCCUUCCUAAGCUCGAGCGCUACAUUAUCAUCUGUGGCACCCUGUCACUUGCCAUAUACGUGAGAGAUUACCUCAAAUCGAAAUUGGAACCGUCCGUCAGUAUCGACUUCAGUCUCAAGGAUAAUCAUCUGGCAAUUCUAGGAGAAGAAAACUGGGCACUAAAGGCUGCAGACACCCAAUACUUGGAGCUUCCAUCUGAAAGCGGCAGUCGAAGAUUUCUCAUUCUGCCUCCUCUUUCACCGCAAGGAGAAUGGAAUGACUAUGAUAAAGUUGAAGAGGGACCCAACCAAAAGGCUGUGUAUUCUCCCGAGGAGCUCUCGCAUUUGCUCUGGGACAGGUUUGGCGGCUUCGAUAGCACCCAUGUGAAGAAGUACAAGGAAGAAAGUGAAGAUGAAGAGGAAGAAAUUGAAAAUGACGGAGAAGUUUACGAUAUAAGCCAGCAGCCCCAGGUGCUUUUUGAAAAUAUUGAUAAUGGAGUGCCUGCCAUAGUGGUUGACUCGGUGCGCCACCAGAAAUCACGAAGAACCCCGCCGUUACCGAAAACUGCCAUGCCCCCAAUGGACUAA